AUGAUGACUAGACUCUCAGCCUUCCUCAAGAAUGCCUGGACUAAGGAAUCGGUGCUGGUCGUGUCCUUCACCAUCACGGGUCUCACUGUAAUUCUACCCUCAUUAAGCCCCUACACUAAGUAUGCCUCCAUGAUCAACGAGCUCACUCCCUACAGCUACACAAUGCCCCUCCAAGAUGAUGGGAACAUGUCUGAUGUGUCCAGCCACCCCCAGGACCCCCAGAGUCCCAGCCUGGAGUGGCUGAAGAAACUGUGA